AUGGAAAUAUUAAAUAAUAUGAGUUUGAGUGAAAUAAAUGAAUUAAACGGCUCUCUAACAUACGGAUUGACCCUGUACGAAGUGCUGAGAGCACCUAGAAUACCAAACCAAGCAAAAUACGAAGAUAUCGACGCAACACUGAACGGAUCAGGAUUAAGAGAAGAAAUAAGUUGUCCAAUAUGCUCAGGAAUAGUAUUAAGGUGUGUAGUAAUAAAAACUUGUCUACACAGAUUUUGCUUGAACUGUAUACAAAAAUGCGUAAGGAUAGGGCUGCACGAGUGCCCGAAAUGCAGAAAGCACGUACCAUCCAAAAGAUUCCUUAAGGCGGAUCCAAUAUACGACUCAAUAAUAUCAAGAAUAGUUACGAAUGUGGAGAUAUUUGAGAAGCUAAGCGACGCAUUUACAGUGGCAAUAAAUAAAGGAAUAAAAAAUGAUCCUAACAUUGAAAUGAUUAGAAGAAAUUACCUAGACAAAAACCCUAAAGUAAACAUAAAAGACGUAGAAUCACCCAACGUAUUGAGUUUAGACGAAUUCUGGAUACAAAAUAAAUUUGAAACGAAUGUAUGUAAAAAGGAUUUUAAGAAAAGAAGGACGAGAAUACGACACAUCUUGCCAAAGUCGAAAGACUACGAUAAACUGCUGUACAAACUAAUAUCGGACAAAACGCUACCUCAAAUAGAGCCAAACGGACUGUGCUGUGACGGGUCCUUGACCAUACAUCAACUGUCAAUGUACAUUAAAACGUCAAUAAACAUUCCCACACACGCCAAUAUGUGUAUCUACCUGAAGGAAUCUAACUAUAUUCCACCGCUAAAUGUGACGUUGGCGUUCUUGAGAAACAAGGUGUGCAUCAUGUCACAUGAAGUACUUAACGUAUACUACGGAUCACCUAUUUAA